AGAGAAGGCAUCUUGUCUGAAACGAAGAUAAAAACCUACUGUGCUCCCAAAGGAACUGCCUACAGCCAUAGCAGAUUGCUGGGACCAUUUGGGCUUUCGGGACCUUGGACCAGGCCCUGGCCCAGUAGGAUGCCCCCGUGUCCUCCCCAGCAGAGCAGGAACAGGGUGACACAGUUGCCCACUCUGGAGCUGGGUGAGAUGGAAUUGACUUGGCAAGAGAUCAUGUCCAUCACUGAGCUGCAGGGCCUAAACGCUCCAAGUGAGCCAUCCUUCGAGCCCCCAGCCCCAUACCCUGGGCCCCCGCCGCCUCCAAGUUACUGCCCCUGCUCAAUCCACCCGGAGGCUGGCUUUCCCCUUUCUUCACCACCUUAUGAGCUCCCAGCACCCACAUCUCAUGUCCCAGACCCCCCAUACUCCUAUGGCAACAUGACCGUACCAGCCUCCAAGCCACUGACCCUCUCGGGCCUGCUCAGUGACCCCCUCCCAGACCCCUUGGCCCUCCUGGACAUUGGGUUGUCAGCGGGGCCAUCCAAGCCCCAAGAAGACCCAGAAUCCGACUCAGGAUUAUCCCUCAACUAUAGUGACGCUGAAUCUCUUGAGCUGGAGGGGACGGAGGCUGGUCGGCGUCGCAGCGAGUACGUAGAGAUGUACCCAGUGGAGUACCCCUACUCACUAAUGCCCAGCUCCUUGGCCCACCCCAACUAUGCCUUGCCACCUGCCGAGACCCCCUUAGUCUUAGAGCCCUCCUCGGGCCCCGUGCGGGCCAAGCCCACUGCACGGGGGGAGGCGGGGAGUCGGGAUGAGCGUCGGGCCCUGGCCAUGAAGAUCCCCUUCCCUACGGACAAGAUUGUCAACUUGCCAGUAGAUGACUUCAACGAGCUGUUGGCGCGGUACCCGCUGACGGAGAGCCAGCUGGCACUAGUCCGGGACAUCCGAAGGCGGGGCAAGAACAAGGUGGCCGCCCAGAACUGUCGCAAGAGAAAGCUGGAGACCAUCGUGCAGCUGGAGCGGGAACUGGAGCGGCUGGGCAGUGAGCGGGAGCAGCUCCUCCGGGCCCGAGGCGAGGCCGACCGGACCCUGGAGGUCAUGCGCCAACAGCUGACGGAGCUGUAUCGUGACAUUUUCCAGCACCUGCGGGAUGAGGCAGGCAACAGCUACUCCCCUGAAGAGUAUGCGCUGCACCAAGCUGCUGAUGGGGCCAUCUUCCUGGUGCCCCGGGGGACCAAGAUGGAGGCCACAGACUGAGCUGGCCGGAGGGGUGGGACUGAUGAUGGAGGUUUCCUUCAUUCUCUUCUGAUAAAGGUACUCCCCAACCGUGAGGCCCAGA